GUGCAACCUACACCUGUCACACGGGAGGAUAGACUGUAGAGGAACAGGAGCGUCCAAUGAGCCACUGCAAGACUGUGUAUAAGAAGACUACUGGAAGAGCUGCCAUGCUGAGAAGAGGCAGGAAUGGCCGGGCUCGACAUGUGGCCCCCAGCGAAACACGGCACGAGACAGAUGCCAUGGCAGUGAUCCAGACGUCGGACAGGGAGGAGUGGGAGGGGCACACGACAAGGAUCAGCGACCCGCAGGAGUCGGAGAUGGAUUAUCUGGCCAGUUCUCAGAUAGUAUCUGAGGCAGUGGCCUUGUCCAGCACAGAGCCGGUGAUGGGGGAGUCAUUCUGUCAGUGUGAGCGACAGGAUGAGUUCAGCUUGGGAUUCGGUGUUACCACUGACUGCCUCUGUGGGGAGGAGGAUAAAGGUUUUGAUUGGGUGUGGGAUGAUCACUUCAAGUCCUCUGGGGCUUUCCUAAGCUGUGACAGCAGGAAAGUCACUUUUCACUCAGACUAUAGCUGUGGUACUGCAGCUAUCCGAGGCACCAAGGAGCUCGCAGACGGCCAACACUUCUGGGAAGUCAAGAUGACGUCUCCUGUCUACGGAACUGAUAUGAUGGUGGGAAUCGGUACCUCUGAGGUGAAUUUGGAGAAGUUCAAGUACAGCUUUGGCAGCCUGCUGGGCCAUGAUGAGGACAGCUGGGGGCUCUCAUACACAGGUCAUUUCCAGCACAAAGGGGACAAAGUGAAGUUCUCUUCUCGGUUUGGUCAAGGCUCCAUCAUUGGAGUUCACCUGGACACCUGGCAUGGCACCCUGACCUUUUACAAGAACCGUUACUGCAUAGGUGUCGCUGCCACUCGGCUGCAGAACAAGAAGUUCUUCCCCAUGGUUUGUUCCACAGCAGCAAAGAGCAGCAUGAAGGUGAUCCGUGCCUGCUACACUCCCACCUCUCUGCAGUACCUCUGCUGUGCCCAGCUCAGAAAAAUGUUACCCUCCAGCCAAGAUGUACUCAAUGCUGUAGAGCUGCCCCCGGGACUGCGGACCCUCCUCCACAUACAGCUCGGCUGGGUCUUUACUCUCAGCGGCAGCCCUGAGCCUGAGAUACCUGCUGAGAAUGUGGACAUGAAAGAGGACUUCCAGGAGGAGAUGAGUCUGCCUUCAAGCCCCAUCCCGAGCCCGGUAUCCACACUGAGUGCCUGCACCUCCCCGAGUCCCUGCACUAGUCCAUUUCCUGACUCUGUGCCAUACCUGUGCCCAUGUCAGACCUCAUUGCAGACUCAACCCUGCACAUGCCACUGCCCCCCUACUCCACCCAGCAGUGACUACGACAGCUGCUGUUCUGAGCCAGAGGACUACCAGUGCAAAAGAUGCCGCUGGACAUGACCUGUUAUUUCUGAGUGUUUGGUAUUCAGGUAUCCUGCUAUGGCCAUCAAUCUCCAGAAAAGAGCUAUCUCAGCUUUAACUCUAAAUUAUGAGCAGAUAGUUGCUCUUAUAACAUAAUAAAUACAUGGAGUAAAGAGGAGAAAUUUUAGAGGGAGAGGCUUUAAGGAAAUUGGGAUAUUAAAGUUUUUAUUAUAUCCAACAUCUAUAAGUGGUUUAAUAAGAGCCAUUCUUGCUCUUUUCUUAUUGUUUUUAAAUGAUGCCGGUCCCCGUGACGGGAAAGCCAUUGAAGUUUCAGGUAAAGCUGUUUUGAAAGAGUCCAUGCAGGAGAUGAUCUGCUUUUUGAUACCAUGGAGAUUACUUUUUGUACAGGUAAAGUGUGUUUUGUAAUCAGCAUUUGGCUGCUUGAAUACCAGCUGUGGUUGGCGUUCUUGCUGACAAGAUGAUUUUCUUUUUCUAUAUGCAGUUUGUAAUGAACUUUCUUACUCAGGAAAUUCUAUAAAAUAAAAAUGAGACUUUUC